CUUCUCUCACUCUCGAUAGCAUCAUCGAUGGUAUAAAACCAUCGGAUCGAUCCCACCUAGUUGAUGCCAUCCAGACCUCGAAACCAGAUUCAUCGUUGUUUCAUCUCGACCAGACAGACCCGAUUCUCCAAGCACAGACCAACCUCUAAUCACCCGCCGCAAAGAUGCCCGUCGCGUUCAAGUACCACCCCCAGGCGCAGUCCACGUACAAGCCUCCGCUCAUCGCAAAUGAGAAUGCCUUCCUCGGUGACGUGGAUUCGACGGACGACUACAAUCCGGACAAGCCCAUGUCGGCCGGCUUCUAUCGAUUGGAGAAGGGCACCCCGCUGGUCUACGAGUACUCUUACGAUGAGAUGAAGAUCAUCCUCGAGGGCGAGUAUGAAAUUGCCGACGAGACUGGGCAGAAGGUCACGGCCAAGCCCGGCGACGUCUUCCACUUCCCCAAGGGUGCCAAGAUCACCUUCACGACUCCAUCCUAUGGGCUGGCUUUCUUCACGGGACAACGGGCCAAGGGCGUUUUGUAAGAAGCCGGAAGAAAGAAAGAAAGAAGAGGGGGAGGGGAAGA